GCAUGAACUCACUUUUUGAGACAGUAUCUGUUCCCAGAUGUCUAAACGGUUCGUGGUCGUUGGUUGGCCCCCAUCUGUCCCGCUUGACGUGCAGUAUCACCCUCGCUGUUUUAGUGGCAGCCUGGGAGCCUUGUUAUGAAGACGCUACCUUAUUCAGCUGCAAAGUACCUAUACACGAACUCACUACUUACUCUAAAUUCUUAGCUUCUUCCAUGUCAAGCUAUAAAAUCCCCAAUAGAUUCUUUUAAGGACAUCUCGGCAGUUGAAAAUUGAGUGGUACACUUCUGUGUCGCCCUCAAAAUGAGUCGCGGCCUCGACCCUGAUAUCCACGCGAUAUUCCCUACAUCUUGCUGGAAAGAAUGCGACACUGCCCAUGAGCUCGUCCAAGAAACAGAAACACUCCUGAACGGUGCAACUCAACCACUCAAUUUGAGUUCCAUUACAAACAAUGUCAUGUUUGUGUUUUGGGCCAAGACAGAAUAUACUGUAACGUCGGAGCCUGCACAUAUUGUUCAGCCGAUGUACUCGACUCGCCCCCAUUCAUUGUUCAAUUACCGACCGAGACAGCUUUUGAGCACCACCACGUACCCUGCAACAACAUCAACAACAGCAACGCCCUCUGACUGGAAAGCAACAAGUGAAGACAACCCCCCCACUCACGCUGUUGAUAAUGAACAGAUCGACAACCAUCAAGGGAGAGACAACCAAAAUCUUGGUAGCGGUCAUCUUUCCUCCCUGCAACUCCUAGGAAUAAUAUCUGGUGCCGGAACCAUUUUUGUUCUGUUGCUGGCUGCACUGGCGUGUUGGAAGCUGGCAGGCUACCGUCGACGAGCAUCACAGCUUAGCAAGAAAGAGGAGGCUUUGAACGAAAUAGAAUCACAAGGGACACAGAAAAUGAAUGGAAUCUCUAUCAACGAAUUAGACGACCCCCCGGCACCUAGAAUCGAGAUGGAUAUUGAACCGGGGGUUUGCGAGAUGGAGGUGAUGUUUCCACUCGCCGAACUGAGGGAAAGGUCUGGAUAUGAAGAGUUAGAGGUGAUUUCUGGACAAGAUCGAAGACAAGAAAACCCCAAGCCAGCCAGGGGGAAGAGGCCAGCUCCUGAUAAAAGCGGAAGCAAGUUCGUUUUGAGAUGA